GCUCUGCCGCGCUUUGCAGCGCGGACGCGGAGCGGCGCGUUCUCGCGUACCGGGAGCCGCGCGUGCGAGCCCGCAGUAGCAGCAGUGCGCUCGCGCGGCGUGUCGGUGCUGGAAGCCGCAGGGGUCGGUUUGUGGACGCGCUUCCGAAACGGCGCAGGCUGACAGCAGGCUGGAGGCCUAUGUCACAGUUCUAGGAUGGCCAGUGAAGCCACCAGCAUCCCCAGCCCUGUGGUUCGCCAGAUCGACAAGCAGUUCCUGAUCUGUAGUAUAUGUCUGGAUCGCUACAAGAACCCCAAGGUUCUCCCGUGUCUGCAUACCUUCUGCGAAAGGUGCCUCCAGAACUACAUUCCUGCCCACAGUCUGACUCUGUCGUGCCCCGUGUGCCGUCAGACGUCCAUCCUGCCCGAGAAGGGCGUAUCUGCCCUUCAGAGCAACUUCUUCAUCACCAACCUGAUGGACGUGCUGCAGAGGACCCCCGACGGCUGUGCCGAGGACUGCGCCGUAAGGGACACCGUCGCCGUCGGAGCCACCGCGCGGCCGCUGUCCUGCCCCAAUCAUGCGGGGAGUGUCAUGGAGUUCUACUGCCCCCCGUGUGAGACGGCCAUGUGUAAGGAGUGCACGAGCGGGGAGCACGUGGAACACCCGACCGUGCCGCUCAAAGACGUGGUGGAGCAGCACAAAGCCUCGCUGCAGGCCCAGCUGGAUGCCGUCAAAAGCAGGCUGCCGGAGAUCGACUUGGCCCUGCAGGUCCUGUCGGAGAUCCUGCAGCAGCUCACCAACCAGAAGUCCUCCAUCGAGGAGGACAUCCACUCCACCUUCGACGAGCUACAGAAGACGCUCAACGUGAGGAAGAGCGUGCUUCUCAUGGAGCUGGAGGUCAACUAUGGCCUCAAGCAAAAGGUGCUGCAGGCCCAGCUGGACACCCUGCUGGAGGGCCAGGAGAGCAUCAACAGCAGCUGCAGCUUCACGGAGCAGGCGCUGAGCCACGGCUCCGAGACGGAGGUCCUGCUGGUCAGGAAGCAGAUGGGCGAGCGGCUGAGCGAGCUGGCCAGCCAAGAGUACCCUCUGCACCCCCAGGAGAACGACCAGCUGGACAUGCACAUCGAGACCGAGGGCCUGAAGAAGUCCAUCCACAACCUGGGCACCAUCGUGACCACCAAUGCCGUGGCCUACGAGACAGUGGCCAGCGGAGAGGGCCUGCGACAGUGCGUAGUGGGUCACCCCACCUCCAUCACCAUCACCACCAAGGACAAGGACGGCGAGCUGUGCAAGACGGGCAACGCCAGUCUGACGGCCGAGAUCUUCACCCCCGAUGGCAGCGUGGCGGAUGGGGAGAUCCUGGACAAUAAGAACGGCACGUACGAGUACCUCUACACCGUGCCCAAGGAGGGCAACUUCGUCUUGUCUCUGCGCCUCUAUGACCAGCACAUCAAGGGCAGUCCCUUCAAGGUGAAGGGGACCAAGUCCGCGGACAUCUCGCCCUCCGCCGACAGCGCCAAGAAGAGGCUCAAGUCCCCCGGCAGUGGCCACGUCAAGCAGAAGGCCAUCAAGCGACCUGCCAGCAUGUACAGCUCCGGCAAGAGGAAAGAGAAUCCCAUAGAGGACGAUUUAAUCUUCAGAGUCGGGACGAAGGGACGAAACAAAGGAGAGUUUACCAACCUCCAGGGAGUGGCGGCUAAUUCGCUCGGCAAGAUUUUGAUAGCGGACAGUAACAAUCAGUGCGUUCAGAUAUUUUCCAACGAUGGACAAUUUAAAAGUCGGUUUGGUGUUCGAGGACGAUCUCCUGGCCAGCUGCAGCGGCCAACAGGCGUGGCGGUCCACCCCAGUGGUGACAUCAUCAUCGCAGACUAUGACAACAAGUGGGUCAGCAUCUUCUCAAGUGAUGGGAAGUUCAAGACGAAGAUUGGCUCAGGGAAGCUCAUGGGACCCAAAGGGGUGUCGGUGGACCGCAACGGCCACAUCAUUGUGGUGGACAACAAGGCCUGCUGCGUCUUCAUCUUCCAGCCCAAUGGCAAGAUUGUCACCAAGUUUGGUAGCCGUGGAAAUGGAGACAAGCAGUUUGCAGGCCCACAUUUUGCAGCAGUCAAUCAUAACAAUGAAAUCAUCAUCACAGACUUCCAUAAUCAUUCUGUCAAGGUGUUCAGCGCCGAGGGGGAAUUUGUGUUGAAGUUCGGCUCCAACGGGGAGGGAAAUGGCCAGUUCAAUGCCCCCACGGGGGUGGCAGUGGACAGCAAUGGCAACAUCAUUGUGGCGGACUGGGGCAACAGUCGGAUACAGGUGUUUGACGGAAGUGGCUCCUUCCUGUCCUACAUCAACACGUCCGCGGACCCUCUUUAUGGCCCGCAAGGCUUAGCCCUCACUUCAGAUGGGCACGUUGUGGUAGCGGAUUCUGGGAACCAUUGCUUCAAGGUGUACCGCUACCUACAGUGACCUCGUCCUACCUGCCCGAGCCCAUCGUGCACCUGAAGAGAUGCGAUGUCUUUGCACUUACCUGUCUAGUAACUUGCCAUAGCCGUGCCAUGCAGGGUCCUGUGAGAGCUUGUCGUUGUUUGUGGCUUCACCUGUGAUGUGAUUUCUGCACUUCCUUUGGUCAGAGGACCUGCCCUCCCUUUCUUGCACCACAGUCUCCGUUGAGUGACCUGGCAGCAGCUCUGCUGACCGUCUCACCUUUGUCCCGUCGUAGUUUCACAGUGAUUCACAGUUGCUGACCCUUGACGUUUCCAACAACCAUGAGCUUAUUCGUCGGUAGGUGGGUUGGGAACGUGGCCUGAUUAUUUUUCUGAAAAUUAAGAUGAACAUCACUAUAUUCUUUAUAUACACUGAGCUGCCCAUUUAAGAAAUAGUUUUUUAUGCGAAACUGAAAAUGGAGCCCUCAGUAUUUCGCUGCGUACUGUAGAAUCACUGCACGCACAAGGUGGGGUUUGAGGCAAGCACUUCAUGGGUGAAAUACGACAAUUACGUCCCGUAUUUUGAUCAUGAAAAUUAGCUUCCUAAAAUUUUAUGUAUGUUUUUGGAAUUAGUUUGCAAUUGGAAAAGUUUCCCCCUCUCAGAUGUUUUCCAAAAUAAAUGUGUGCAUUUAUAAGCUUAAUCAUGUGGUCUUCAAAACAACGUGUAGACAACAAAAAUUGCAUGAUGAAGAGGAGAUGCUCGAGUUUGCGGUAAAACGGUCCGUGGCAUUCUUCUCAUGCGCUCACCAGAGGAAAAUCAGUUCUUCAUUGACACUAAAUGUCCUUUAUCUUGACCAGUCAGUAUUUUAUCAAUGAACUCUCGAUAUGUUCAGUGUUCUCAAGAGCAGUUUUUGGGAGCGGUACAUAUUUCUGAAUUUCUACUGACAUGCAUGCUGUCCUAUCAUGUACAGCCUUGUUUCCAUGGUGACCCUUUUGUGGGCUGUGUGAGUGUACAUGUGUUUGGGUGUGUUGUGCCAUAGAUAGCACAGACCUCACAUUUGCUGAGUCAGACUUAUUCCUAUGGGUUGUCUUCCCAUGACGAUACUUGUAGACUUUUACUGACACUUCUAUUACAGUUAAUCUCCCUCCAUUGUUGCUAGAUGUUAUUAAUACGUAUUAAUUACAAUUUCUGGGCAUCAUCCUUUGGACGCCACCAUUCUGGUUAUACAGCUUAUAUACACUUAGGCUACGGGACUCUUCAUAACACAAAAUCUGUGUAAUUUCUACUUUUUUCCCACCAAUUCCCUGGGAAGUUCAUUGACUGCCGAAUUGAAGAAAGGACUCAGAUUGUGUGAGUUUAUUUGAAUGCUUGUUAAGGGGUCAGUUGUGGAUGUGUGAUUGCUUUUACAUGUCUACUGUGAGCCUCUCAGGACCGAGACCGUACUGUAUGGUGUGCUUCAGUCAGAAUGAGGUUAUUUAAAGAACGGACAAAAUGGGACAAAUCGUCAGGAAUCUUUCGGAACUGCCUUCUGUAAUUUUUAUGAUUUUGACUAGUCUGAUCUGAUGAAAAGAAAUGGAAUAACAGUCCAGGUAUCAGUGGUUUAGACGGGGUUUUGCUGGAAUAAUGAAAUGAAAGUCAUCGGUCACAAGGGAAUGAAGACGCGGUAAGUUUCCGAGCUAAAAAUAAAGUCUACAGUUGACUGUUCAUGGCUUUGAUCAUGUGAUUUUCAAAAGGGAUUUUUAACUUUGUGUUCAUAACCUGGAUUUCACCUCUCUUCACAACAGCAUUGGUGCAAAUAGCCUCUGCAAUAGAACAGUUUCGCUUUUAUCAGUUUUUCAGUGGCUUUACCCAAAAUACCAGACCGAGUGUCACAUUUCUUUGAAAUAGACUUGGAAGGAGCUUGGUUCUGCUGUGGCAAGGAAACCUUCCCUGAGUAUUUCUUCAAUGCAAUUCCAUUUUUAGGUUCUGCUGUCGCUGAAUGUACAACAGAAAGACGUGUUUUCUGCAAAUUCAGCCUUAAAAAUGAGUUUGCUGUAUGACAUUGCAACCCGGGAAGCGGUCUCAGGCAGCUUGUAUGUGCGCAUGAGUUUAAGCUUUCCGAACAGGCCUGCUAUGUGUGAAAGCAAGUGUGUGUGUGUGUGUGUGUGUGUGUGUGUGUGUGUGUGUGUGUGUGUGUGUGUCUCUCUCUAAGCAAUCCAUUGUUGUCACUGAUUUAUUCAUGUUUAUGUACAGCACCAAAAUAAAACCACUCUGCUUUCUUUGA